AUGUCCGUUAUCUUGGUAUCUGCUGGCUAUGACCACACAAUAAGAUUUUGGGAGGCUCUUACUGGGGUUUGUUCAAGGACAAUUCAGCAUUCCGACUCGCAGGUUAAUCGCUUAGAAAUCACCAACGAUAAAAAGCUGUUGGCAACAGCAGGCCAUCAGAACGUACGGCUUUAUGAUAUUCGGACGACAAAUCCUAAUCCCGUGGCAUCCUUUGAAGGUCAUCGGGGAAACGUUACCUCCGUUUCUUUUCAACAGGACAAUAGAUGGAUGGUAACCUCCAGCGAAGAUGGGACGAUUAAAGUGUGGGAUGUGCGUUCUCCAUCCAUUCCUAGAAACUACAAACACAAUGCGCCCGUAAAUGAGGUGGUAAUUCAUCCUAACCAAGGCGAGUUGAUAUCUUGUGAUAGAGAUGGUAAUAUAAGGAUUUGGGACUUAGGGGAGAAUCAAUGUACUCACCAAUUGACGCCUGAGGACGAUACCUCUCUCCAGUCUUUAUCUAUGGCAAGUGAUGGUUCGAUGUUAGCGGCAGCGAACACUAAAGGUAAUUGCUACGUAUGGGAAAUGCCCAAUCAUACUGAUGCAUCCCAUCUCAAGCCGGUAACAAAAUUCAGAGCGCAUUCAACAUAUAUAACUAGAAUUCUACUAUCAUCCGAUGUAAAACACUUGGCGACAUGUUCAGCAGAUCAUACAGCCCGUGUGUGGUCCAUUGAUGAUGAUUUUAAGCUAGAAACGACAUUGGAUGGCCACCAAAGGUGGGUUUGGGAUUGCGCAUUCAGUGCUGACAGUGCGUAUCUAGUAACGGCAUCCUCGGACCAUUAUGUGAGAUUAUGGGAUUUAUCAACCAGGGAGAUUGUCAGACAGUAUGGUGGACACCACAAGGGAGCUGUAUGUGUCGCACUAAAUGAUGUAUAG